AUGACAGACUACAAUUCCCUUUACCAACAAGGUCUCUACCUCUCCCCUGAUCAACAAGAUCUCCUCCUUGCCGCCCUCUCUUCGAACAAUUCGUCGCAGAAACAGCAAAAUAAAAGCCCGCAAACAAAGACAGAGUCAAAUGGCACACCGAAGCACACACCUGCGGGUAGCGUCAACGUCUCUCCAUCUGCAGGCAAUGACCCGUUUGGAAAUCAGUCCGGCGGGCUGGGAUAUGGCGAUGACGACAGUCCGUUCCUCGACUUCAACCCCGAUGCGGAUUUCGACUUUCAAGGGUCCGAAAGUUUGAUUGGAGAUAUCCCCGGGAGCGUUCCACCCUCAGAUGAUUAUGAGCCUGGUGAUAAGAGGAAGGACAUGGACGGAAAGUCCGAAAACGAGAACGAGGAAUCGGGAGGUAAAAAGCGAAGAGAGAGUGAUUCACAGGCCAAGAAGCCAGGCCGGAAGCCAUUGACUUCGGAGCCGACUUCAAAGCGCAAAGCCCAAAAUCGAGCCGCACAGCGGGCAUUCCGUGAACGCAAGGAAAAGCAUCUCAAGGACUUGGAGAUCAAGGUGGAUGAACUGCAAAAAUCAUCUGAUAAUACGACCCAGGAGAAUGGUCUCUUGCGUGCGCAGAUGGAACGUAUGCAGGUCGAACUCAAAGAGUAUCGCAAGCGUCUCUCAUUGCUUACCAGAGGCAAUGGAAUCUCAGCAAUGAGUGCCAUUCCGGGUGCCUAUUCAAAGAAUAUGCAAGGAUUGAACAACGAGUUCCUCUUCGACUUCCCCAAGUUUGGAGAUUUGCCCGGUUCGCACAUUUUUAAUAACGGCCAGUCCAAACCGAACGACGCCCAAUCUAUGUCAGGACGCAGUCUUCCCUCAGCACCUGGUGUCCUAAAUCGUGAUGCUUUGGAUAUGCCGAGAGCCAACGGUGGUCAUCAGUCACCGGCUUCUCAACACACUCCGAGAUCAGACAGUGGAACCCCCAAGGGUAGUGUCCAUGAUCAAACCGCAGCCAAGCCCGGCUCGACUCACCAUGUCAAAAAAUCGACUACGCACGACACCUCCAAUUCGGACUCCCCAUGCUCCUCGUCGGAUUCGCAUCACAGCCGGGGUCCCUCUUCCAAGGGAACCUCGCCGGAACCCUCCCCCGCCGCGGAAAAGCCUGACUCUAACCAUGUGCAUUCGUGUGGCAUCGAUGGCGAGAGCUCUUUCUGUGCACAACUCGGCCUUGCGUGUGGGAAUAUCAACAAUCCUAUUCCCGCUGUGAGAAUUCCAUCCGUCAGUGCUACGAGUACGCCUCAGGAGCAACCGGGUCAGUCGGAAGAUGCUGGUCUCGAUCUCAUGGCCCAACAGAAUGGGGGACAAUUCGACCCUGUGCUUUUUGGCGACUGGCGCGAGCCACAAGAUGCCGUCCUGUCGCAGGAUUUCGGUACCUUCUUCGAUGAUGCCUUCCCGCUGCCGGAUCUGGGUAGCCCGUCUCACAACUUCAACGAGCUUAUGGAUCCAUCGGCGCACAAGAAGAAUCCCGUUGCGGGACUUGACAAGCUGGAUGAGGACGAAGUGGUUCCUGGUGAGGAUCAGUCGCAAAUGAUGUCGUGUAACAAGAUUUGGGACCGUCUGCAAUCGAUGGAGAAAUUCCGAAAUGGCGAAAUCGAUGUCGACAAUCUUUGUUCGGAAUUGCGCACCAAGGCCCGAUGCUCAGAAGGCGGCGUCGUGGUCAACGAGAGGGAUGUGACCGAUAUCAUGGGACGCGUCAAAUAA